CACCAAAACAAAACCGGUUCGGCAAAAGGCUGAAAAGACGGAAAAGACCGAGCGAGCACUACAAUCGGCCGUCUCUGGAAAAAUCAUGGCAUCGAUUACGGCGUUAAGAAGUGCGGGAAUUCAUUUUUUACAGCUAACAUCAAAUGGAUUUCUAGCCCCUUGCAUCCAAAAUGCAAUCGCCCAUCAGCAGGUACGGCACCGGCGAACUAAACACUGGGACCCACAGUGGAAAGGAUUGCGUAAACAAAAAUUUAUCAAGGUGGAUAUUCCGAACAUGAACGAGCGAGUCGAAGAUAUGAGCCAGGAACAAAUAAAAACGCGAAUGAAAGAACGCGGAAUGCUUCCGCCGAGACCGUGGAUGGAACGGCCUUUCUACAUCAGCUGCACCGGGGGCGUAUUCGAACCGUACAUUCCUCCGGAGGGUGAUGGUAAAAUGUCUGCAGUGUCCAAAGAAGGUGCUAAGCAGAAAUUUGAGCUAGCAGAGAAGAAAGUCAAAUCAAUGAUGGCUAUCCGCAAGAUUCGGAACUAUGAUGAGGAUUUUGAAUCCAAAGAUUUUGCACAUGAGGCUCAAGAUUUGUAUGUGAAAGCGCACACAAUUCUGGCCGAAAAGAACAAAUAUCUGUUGCGAGAAGUAGUUACAGAAAGGGCCUAUCCGGAAAUGAUGCACAACAUCAAAGACAAAACGAUCAGAUGGAAAUUCCUGAAAUCUCUGGAGCCACCACACGUCGUGCAUGCCAGGUGCACCGAUGUGAUUACCAAAGAGAAUAUCUUCGCUCAGGUCACCGUAAGAUUCCAUACCCAGCAGAUGUUGGCCAUUUACGAUCGGUUCGGUCGGCUCAUGCAUGGCAGUGAAACACUGGCCAAGGAUUGCCUGGAGUACGUGGUUUUCGAGAAACAUCUCUCGAAUGAGUAUGGCGUUUGGAGAUUGCACGAGAAGAUCGUUCCGGAUUGGAUGCCACCGAAAUCCCCUGCUUUUAUCACCUAUCGAGUGGACGAUGUAGCUCAAGUGCCAGCGCAAAAUGAGGAAGAAAGUAAAGCGGUUGAAGUGACGAAUGAUGAUAAAGAUAAGGUUGCCGCUACACAGUAGAUUUAUGUGUUAGUUUCUUUUGCUUCAAUAAACUGAUACGAUAGAUUCAA